AUGCGGUGGGUCCAAUUGCUUUGCCUUUUUUCGCUAUCGCUGCGAAUUGCAAGCGCCUGGGGCGUGAAACCCAAGGUGAAAUAUAGCACUUUUGAAAAUCUUCCCAAGGACCUGAUCUUCUUCGAGGAUUCAACAAAUGUGAUCUACCACGAUCAUGGCUCGGAGGAUCAUGUAUUUUUCUCAACAAACUCUGGGGAAACAUUUACGCCUUUGAAAGACCUAAAACUAGAGGGUGAUAUCAUUCAGAUUGUUGUUCAUCCUUUUGAGAAGACGAGAGCCUAUAUCCUUACAAACUCAAUUACCCACUAUCAGACAGAGGACUCGGGAGUCACCUGGACUAGCUUCAAAACUCCCGAAAUACCAGGCGAAGACUCUAUACCGUCAUUGCGCUCCAGAGAGGGCCCUCUCAUGUUUAAUUCCCGCAGAACAGAUAACCUGCUUUUUGCCGGCUCCUGCGCGAAGCCAGACGAUGAAUGGCCCUGUGAGCGAACAUACUAUAACUCCGUUGACGGAGGUGCUAGUUUCAACGUGAUGACUCUGGCACAUUCCUGUAUUUUUGCUGCGAGUGCACAAAAUCUCAGCUUCAAAGAUUCUGACGAAAAGGCCGCAAAUGCUGUUCUGUGCGCCGCUUCUACGCCUCAAGAGAAGGACGGACUGGCGUUGGUUCUUUCGUAUGACUUCUUUGAUAAAGAGCCGAACUUUGUGUUUGUAGAUGGAGGAAUUGUUACCGGGGUGAGCAUACUUGGGUCAUCUGAUCAUUAUAUUCUUGCUGUGGGAUCGCACAUGGUGGAAAGUGGGAGCUUUGCCUAUUUGUCAUACGAUGCCAGGACUUGGACGAAGAUCGAAAUUCCGCAUCUCCCUGAAGCCAGUUUUGAGGACAGUCUUGUACCCCAAAUUCCCCAAAUUUUACAGAGCUCAGAAGGAACAUUGCUGAUUAGUGUUAACGAUGGAGGAGACGCGGUGUCACUUUAUGGAACCAGUCAAGGUAGCACUGAGGGCUCCUACCUGUACUUCAAACCCAGACUGGAGAAACUAAGUUUCACAAUCCUGAAUGGCUUUUCUUUGCACUAUGAGUCAAUUGAAGCUCUCAGUGGUGUGGCCAUUGCAAACACAGAAAAAGGGAGUACUAUGAUCACUCUCGACAAUGGUAUAAGAUGGGAACGUCCUACUCUGAAAAAUUGUGAUAAAUCCGGUGCACAUUGCUUUGUGAACCUCUACUUCAGUUUUCCAGAAAAUCAGUUGUUUACCAAGCCAAGAAUGUUUUCAACGAAAAUCCCCGGUUUGCUCUUGGGAGUUGGUAGUGUUGGUGAGACUUUAAAGGAGAUUGAGGAUUGCGACACUUUUGUCUCCUGGGAUGCCGGUUUAACCUGGACCAAAACGCUGGAUGGUCCUCAUCUUUUUGAGGUUGGAGAUUCUGGAGCAGUGAUAGUUGCUAUUACCGAACUUGAUAACGAGGGAGUAGUGAAGUUUUCGCUAGAUUUUGGUCAGACGUGGUCCGAGAUUAAGCUGCAACACAAGUUGAGACCAGAAUAUAUCACCACCACUGUGGAUUCAACCUCGUCGAGUUUCCUUAUAGUUGGACAUGAAGUAGAAGGCAGCAACAAGAUUUUGACUGUUUUCCUGGAUUUUGAAAAGGCCUACAAAUCCAACUGCAAAGCUCGUGAUUUCGAGACUUGGUAUCUAUGGAAUGCAGAUUCCAAGCCGGUCUGCAUGAACGGUCACAAAUGGGCAUUCCAGAGAAGAAAAACAGAUGCAAAAUGUUCAGUUAAAAGACUUUUCAAAGAGCCUGAACUUAUUGAAGAAAAUUGUCCAUGCGAGAUUUCUGAUUAUGAGUGUGCUUUUGGAUUCCACACCAACUCUGAAGGUGAUCAAUGUGUGGCUGAUAUUAUGGACUCAUCCCCCAAAGCCCCAGCUGGUUGCGAAAAUGAUGAAAAAACCCACAUGGUUCCGUCUGGGUUCGUUCUUACCCAAGCCAACAAAUGUGACCCCAAGAGCGGACUCGAUCUGCUGAAACCUGUUGAAGCCAAAUGUCCCACUUAUUCGGAUGGGACUGAUGAGCAUAAGGUACCAGCCCCAGCAGUUGGUGAUGGGUCUUCUAAUCCAGAUGAAAAGGAAGGGAACCCUGAAAAUGCCGAGGAUGGGAAUGACGACGGAAAGGUCAAGACAUUGUUUUACACGUUCAAGGGAAAAACCAGGGAGUACAUUUAUUUGAGAAGUGACAAUGCCGACCCAGCAAAUUCUGACGAAACCGUGAUUGUACUGACUGACAGCAACGAUGCAUAUGUCUCCCAUGACCAGGGUUCAACCUGGGAACAGGUAGCACCUGGUGAAGAGAUUUUGGCAGUCUUUUUGAAUCCUUCUUUUGCUGAUGAUGUCUUUCUUCUUGCAGCUAGUGGUAAGCUUAUCUAUUCGCUUGAUAGAGGAGACAACUGGAAGUCAUUCAAGCUUCCAUCCAUGCCCAAAUACGGCCCAUCUCCACUGGUAUUUCACCCACUCGAACGCUCGACAUUAUUGUUUCUUGGACAGGAAAAUUGUGAAACUUCAUCUUCCAAGGAUUGCCAUUCGACUUUGUAUAUUACUAAGUCGUAUGGCCAAUUGUGGACUCCAAUAGAGGAGAAUAUUGAGUCGUGCAUUUUCCCUGGAUUUUGGGGAUCCUCAAAAUCCGAUAACACAAUUGUGUGUGAAAAAUCUGGAGAUGACAAAAAGAUCCCGUCAUCGCUGGUCGUGACUACUGACAACUUUAGCUCGCAAAAGGAGCUUUUGACUGGUGUUGUAGGGUUUGCUGAGGUUUCUAGGUACCUUGUAUCGGCUGUGGUUGACGAUAACUCGUUGACUCUCAUGGUAUCCGCGGACGGGUCUGACUUUGACCCGGCAGAGUUCCCUGUGAGGUUCAAUAUCGACAAAUCGCAGGCCUAUACAACCCUUUCUGACACGGACGAUGCAAUCCUAGUACAUGUGACGACUAAUACCAAGCCAGGUGCGGAGUUUGGAACACUUCUGAAGUCAAACAACCUGGGAUAUUUUUACUCUGUGUCUCUGGACUAUGUGAAUAGAGACUCUGCUGGAUAUGUGGAUUAUGAGAGAAUGCCAGGAAUCGAGGGAGUUCUCGUUGUUAAUACAGUUUCCAAUCCAGCCAAGGUUAAGAAGGGAGCAAAGAAGGCCCUCAGGACCAUGAUCACACACAACGAUGGUGGAAGAUGGCGCUAUCUCCAGCCUCCUGAAACAGAGCUUGACGCCGGUGGAGUAUGUUCUGGUAAAUCUCUGGAAGAAUGCUCGCUUAAUUUGCACGGAUUUACUGAGAGAUCGGACCUCAGAGACACCUUCUCCUCGGAGAGUGCCUUGGGAAUGAUGAUUGGAGUUGGAAACGUGGGAGAAAAAUUAACUCCGUAUCACGAGGGAAAUACUUAUAUGACCAUUGAUGCUGGUAUCACCUGGAAACAGAUCAAAAAGGGCGUAUACAUGUGGGAAUAUGGAGACCAUGGAUCCGUGAUUGUCUUGGUGAAUGGCAAGGACACCACUGAUACCCUUUCCUAUUCUAUUGAUAGAGGAAUGACGUGGGUUGAUUACAAGUUUUCCAACCAAAAAGUGAAAGUCCAGGAUAUAUCCACUAUACCGUCAGAUAUGUCGUUGAAAGUUUUGUUGUUCACCAAGGUUACUAUUGAUUCGGGCGAAAAGACUCGGAUUUUUCAGUUGAACUUUGAGAAGCUCUUUGAUAGAGAGUGUUCAGGCAAAGAUGAAGACUUCGAGCUGUGGUCUCUCAACCCGCCUUUUCAAAAUGGCAACUGUCUACUUGGAACGGAUGCCAGCUAUAAGAGAAAGAAAACGGGAAGAAUGUGUUACGUUGGGAAAGACAUGGUAGAGAGUUCGGCUUCUUCAAUCUGUGAGUGUUCCGCCGAGGAUUUUGAAUGCUCCUUCGGCUAUCACCCAGAUGGAGAAGGGAAUUGCGUUGAGGAUGAAAAGAUCUCGAGUUCUGAUGUUUGUUUCGACGACGAUAUAAUAUCGUACACACCGGGUGCGCCUUAUAGAAAGAUUCCAUCGUCGAAGUGCGAAGGAGGUCUGAAACUCGACCAAUCAGUGACGAUACGAUGUCCACACGGGUCUGUUUCAGGAUCUUUCAUCAUGGCAUUUGUGUUAUUCAUGGUCAUUGUCUUGGUCCUCGGAGCAUUGGUUUAUGCUGUGUUCGUUUACCAGCACUACCGCAAGACUUACGGGGUAAUUAGACUCGACGAUGACGGCACUUUCGAUUUUGAGAAUCACGGUGUGUUUGAAAACGCCAAUGCCGUAAUAGCUUCGGGAAUUAUUGCUGGAGUGGCUCACGCCGUGCAAUUUGCACAUAAGACCCGUGAUCAGAUUGGUCUCUGGUUGGGCAUGCUGGUGAAUAGAGUCACCGGAAGAGAUUACCAGUUUGUGAACUCUUUUGAGGGUUUAGGCAGUGCUUACGUAGUGGCGGACGAUUAUGAUGACGAUUUGUUUGGUGAUACCUUUGGAGACGAUGCCACCGAACUUGAGCACGAGUUGAGUGACGACGAAGACGGGGAUCUCGCCAACUUUCGCAGGUAA